UGGCCGAACACACCGUCAUCUCAGACUGUUUUUAAGUAGAGUUAUUUUUUCAAAAAGCUCAUGCCUGUGCCUUUAUUCAUGUUGAUGAGCAACGGAUGAGUCAUUAACUAAAAGUUAAAACAUUCACCCACCAUUUCUAUCCCUUUAAAUGCACAUGCAUUUUACAGGUUUCUUCAAUCUCUUGAAAGUAGAGCAUUCAAGGCUUACUUGUUGCAGACAAGUCAGUUGGAGAUAGAGAUACUGAAUUGCAGCACUUCUAGAAAUAUGAAGAACCAGCUCCAAGAACACAUUAUUGGAAUCCCAGUCAGCUGCCAAUACGAUAAGCCAUCUCCUCCAAAUGGCCCUGGGGCAAUAAUUCCAAAAAAAAUGAAUUCAAUGAAUUAUAGGAUGAACAAUAACAGCAAGAAGGCAGACAAUUUUGUGGAUGGAGUCCGAGAGCAUGUGAAAUUAGGGCUUAAGUUCUCUGAAACCGUGAAGGGAAAGUUGAGCUUGGGGGCUAGGAUUCUUCAAAUUGGGGGAGUGAAAAGAGUUUUUAGGAAAAAUUUUGGUGUUAGAGAAGGAGAAAAGCUAUUGAAGGUUUCCCAAUGCUAUUUAUCGACAACAGCAGGCCCUAUAGCUGGCCUCCUCUUUAUCUCUACUCAAAGAGUUGCCUUUUGUAGUGAAAGAUCAAUCAAAUUUUCUUCUCCAAAUGGUGAAUUAGUUAGAAUCCAUUACAAGGUCUCUAUCCCACUAAGAAAGAUAAAGAGGGUCAAUCAAAGCGAGAAUGUGAAAAAACCUUCUCAAAAGUACAUGGAAAUUGUUACUGUGGAUAACUUUGACUUCUGGUUUAUGGGAUUCUUGAAUUACCAGAAAGCUUUCAGCUAUCUUUGACAGGCAAUCUCUCAAGUGCAGAAUCCAGUCCAGAAGUGAUUCAAGCCGAUAAGUUCUUCCCUCCCACUUCAAUAAAUGUAAUUACACGAACCUAAUGAAGCUCUGCACAGUGAAAGGCUUUGUACAAACUUUUUUU